AUGCCAAACUUGAGCUUGACGGCAAGCGAUACAUCCGGCGGUCGCGGCCUGCUGUAUCCGUAUUCUCCACUUAUGACAAAGCCUCUGGUUCCUUACAAACAUGAUCGCGUUUCAUUCGUGCUGUCCAUAUGGCUACGCGUUCCUCCCAGUUUUCGGAUGCUAGGCUACAAGUGUCUAAUGUUUUUGGGCCAAAAGUUUUACGGCAAGGCAUCCGCAUUCGUGCAGCGCCUCCCAUUCAAUAUGUAUGCGAAGUAUGGGUACAAUGUUCGAUACGCUGAAGCCGUGACGAUGAAAUACGUCAAAGAAAACACUUCGAUUCCGGUUCCCGCCGUCUUAGACGUUUUGCGAGAUGAUGGUGGUGCCUUCAUUCUUAUGACACGUCUUCCUGGUAUUUCGUUUGGAGGAAACUACAGAUUGGGAGAAUUGUCUGCCACAGAUUCAUCUUCCUUCGAGGAGACACUGCGAGAUUGGUUCGCACAGCUUCGCUCAUUGCCUGCACCAUCCAACGCCAUAUCUUCCAUUGACGGUUCCCCUUGCCGCUCCUAUCGAAUCAAUCACCAGUCAGAUAUUGGGCCGUUUACUUCCGAGGAGGAUUUUCUCGCAUCCUUCUUCGAGAAAAUGCCAAGGCGGUUUCAUGAUGACCUUCAUGCAAAGAUGAAGGAUCUAUACAGCCCUCACCAGAUCUGCCUUACUCAUGGUGAUCUCAAUCCCUCCAAUUUACUUUUUUACAAUGGACAUCUGUCCGGAUGGAUAGACUGGGAGUGUGCUGGGUGGUUCCCCGAGUACUGGGACUACACCUACGCCUUGUACAAUCGGGAGAUGUACACGGAGUGGUGCGAGCUUUUCACCCGAAUAUUUCCACAUUAUGAGAAGGAGUUGGAACUUGAGAAGGCCUUUUGGGCGGUCUGCAAUCCCUGGUAA